GUUCUACUGACAUUGUUCCCGUGUUCCGCUAUAUAAACCAUCAAGAAAAAGAGUGGACCCACACCCAUUCGAUGGCAGCUUCACUGAGACCUACGCACUUCCUUCAACUCAACAACAGCAACCAAAGCCGCCGUUCCUUCUUUACCCAAACAAUAAAGCUUUCUCGCCAACUGCUUAGUCCACCUAUGGCUGCUCUCAGCACCGCCGUAGCCCCCGGCCUUUCUGAAACUUUUACCAGGCUCAGGCAACAAGGCAAAGUCGCAUUGAUUCCAUAUAUCACUGCUGGUGAUCCAGACCUAUCAGUCACUGCAGAAGCACUUAAAGUACUCGAUUCUUGUGGUUCAGAUAUAAUUGAGCUCGGGGUUCCUUAUUCUGAUCCUCUUGCUGAUGGCCCUGUUAUACAGGCCGCUGCUACUCGUUCGCUGCAGAGAGGAACCAAUUUUGACAAAAUAAUAACAAUGUUAAGAGAAGUUGUACCUCAGUUGUCCUGUCCAAUUUGCUUGUUCACCUAUUAUAACCCUAUUCUUAAGCGUGGCAUUGAGAAGUUCUUGGACACUGUUAAAGAUGCUGGAGUGCAAGGGCUUGUGGUUCCAGAUGUUCCUCUUGAAGAAACUGAAGUCUUAAGAAGGGAAGCUUCUAAGAAAAAGAUUGAAUUGGUUUUGCUCACAACGCCAACCACUCCAACAUCGAGGAUGAAAACGAUUGUUGAAUCCUCCGAGGGAUUUGUAUACCUUGUGAGCACGGUCGGAGUGACCGGAACUCGUGAAUCUGUGAGUAACAAGGUUCAGUCCCUUUUGAAGGAAAUUAAAGAGGCAACGUCCAAGCCAGUAGCAGUCGGGUUCGGUAUAUCAAAUCCUGAGCACGUGAAGCAGGUGGCAGCAUGGGGAGCAGAUGGGGUGAUUGUUGGAAGUGCAAUGGUGAGAAUAUUAGGCGAGGCCAAAUCACCUGAAGAAGGGCUCAAAGAAUUAGAAUUCUUCACAACAUCGCUAAAAUCCGUGCUGCCUUGAUUUUACUUCGACAUGUGUUGACAUCAAAUUGGUGGAAUAUUCUAACCAAGUUAGGACUUAGGUUCCAAAAUAAAAAUCAAUAGGUAUGUCUCAUCACUUCCCAUAACAAACAAGUUGGAGGAUGCUUCAGGCUUGUGACAGGGAUUAUGGUCACAUUCAUCAUCUCAAGAUAGUUGAUUGUAACCUAUGGUCUUAAUUUAAUUUUGGUUACAAGGGGUUUACCACAUGAGCUAAUUUUAUAAAAAAUACUACGUAUGUGAUCUAGAAAGACAAUUAUGCCAACAUUGUUUUAAAUACUUGCAACUAAGCAACCAAAAACAUUAUUGGUGAACAAUAAUUUAGUUAGCUCAAUUUUCUAUAUUUUUAUUUUGACGGGCUUUUUGAAGCUUCUCUUUA